UUGCUAGCUCCCAGAUCGUUUCCAUAAAGUACAAAAAACCGACAGCAAGAUGUGGGUUGGCUUGGAUUGAUCUCCGUCUCUUUUGUUCCUCGAAUUAUUUGACAGACCCGUAAUUGCUUGAAGUCCCAGUUUGACACAUUCCGAAGCACAGUUUGGCAAUAUGCUGAGAUUUCGGUCGACAUUACAGAGCCACGGCUGGAUUGCUGCCAAAGAGUUGCCAGCUCUGUUGUAUGCCUCUUCUGGCUGCGUGUCUAAUCGGUGGCGUCACAGUGUGCCAUUUGACCCUGAAUGGAAAGCUGGUGCUAUAAAGGAACUAAAAGGAAAAAACCCUGAAGAAACUCUUACGUGGAGAACUCCUGAGGGUAUAAAUAUCAAACCUGUGUACACAAAAGAAGAUAUUGAAGGUUUCAAAGAUGAAAUUCCUGGCAAAUAUCCUUAUACACGUGGACCUUACACAACUAUGUAUACUUAUAGACCUUGGACCAUUCGUCAGUACGCUGGUUUUAGUACAGUUGAAGAAAGUAACAAGUUUUAUCGAUCAAACAUUGCAGCGGGACAACAAGGAUUAAGUGUUGCAUUUGAUCUACCAACACACAGAGGUUAUGAUUCUGAUAAUCCUCGCGUGACUGGAGAUGUUGGAAUGGCUGGUGUCGCUAUUGAUUCCGUGGAAGAUACCAAACUUCUCUUUGAUGGCAUUCCUUUGGAAAAAAUCAGUACAUCAAUGACAAUGAAUGGUGCUGUGCUGCCUGUUAUGGCUAUGUAUGUUGUUGCGGCUGAAGAGCAGGGUGGAAAACAAACUAAUCUGGCCGGAACAAUACAAAAUGAUAUUUUGAAAGAGUUUAUGGUGCGAAAUACUUACAUUUUCCCUCCAGAACCCUCAAUGAAAAUAAUAGGGGAUAUUUUUGAAUAUACAUCGAAGUUCAUGCCACGGUUUAAUUCAAUUUCCAUUUCGGGAUAUCACAUCCAAGAAGCUGGUGCUGAUGCAGUCCUUGAAUUGGCAUUUACCAUAGCUGACGGGUUGGAAUAUAUCAGAACAGGUAUCAGUCGAGGUCUUAAUAUUGAUAAAUUUGCCCCACGUCUCUCAUUUUUCUGGGGAAUUGGCAUGAAUUUCUAUAUGGAGAUUGCUAAACUUCGUGCUGGAAGGCGUUUAUGGGCUCACCUGUUGGAAAAGUUUAAUCCUACCAAUCCAAAAUCCAAACUAUUACGUUGCCAUUGCCAAACUUCUGGUUGGUCUUUGACUGAGCAGGAUCCUCACAAUAAUAUUAUCAGAACAGCCAUCGAGGCCAUGGCAGCAUUAUUUGGAGGAACGCAAUCACUUCACACAAAUUCUUUUGAUGAAGCCCUUGGUUUACCGACCGUUUUCAGUGCACGUGUAGCAAGAAAUACUCAAAUCAUUCUGCAAGAAGAAUCUGGAAUACCUAAGGUCGCUGACCCCUGGGGUGGCUCUUACCUGAUGGAAACGCUGACCAAUGAGAUCUAUGAGUCUGCACUUAACUUGAUCAAUGAGAUAGAAGAUCUUGGUGGAAUGGCUAAAGCUGUUGCUUCUGGCAUGCCAAAACUAAAGAUAGAAGAAUGUGCUGCAAAAAGGCAGGCGAGAAUUGAUGGUGGAAAUGAGGUAAUUGUUGGUGUAAAUAAGUACCGACUGAAGGAAGAAGAUACAGUUGAUGUUUUAGCCAUUGAUAACACUAAAGUACUCGAAUCACAAAUUAAUCGCUUGAAAAUGGUUCGAGAAACACGAGACUCAGAUUCUGCUAACAGGUGUCUCGAGGCCAUCACCAAAUGUUGUGAGUCUGGGGACGGAAAUUUACUCGGACUUUCUAUUGAUGCUGCUCGUGCACGUUGUACUGUUGGAGAAAUAACAGAUGCCAUGGAAGAAGUAUUUGGCCGCCAUGUUGCCUCCGAUCGAUUGGUCAGUGGUGCUUACAAGACAGAAUAUAGAGACACGGAUGAGAUCAAUAACGUGAUAAGCAGAGUUAAUGAAUAUGAGGACAAAGAAGGUCGUCGUCCCAGAGUUCUUGUGGCUAAAGUUGGACAGGAUGGUCAUGACAGGGGAGCUAAAGUUAUUGCCACAGGUUUGGCCGAUUUGGGCUUUGAUGUUGAUGUCGGACCUCUCUUUGCUACACCGAGAGAAGCUGCCCAGCAAGCUAUCGAUGCUGACGUGCAUAUAGUUGGAGUUAGUUCCCUUGCAGCUGGUCACAAAACCUUGGUCCCACAACUCAUUCAAGAAUUGAAAAAUUUACAAAGAUCAGAUAUAAUUGUUGUUGUUGGAGGUGUGAUUCCACCACAGGAUUAUAAAGAGCUGAUGGAAUCUGGGUGUGCUGCAGUAUUUGGCCCAGGAACUAGACUAACCGAUGCUGCUCUGAAUCUCUUGGAGUGUCUUGAAAAUAAGGUGCCAUCUUAUCAGAAAGGUGGUGUGGCCGAAUAAACCUCAUUCUUUUGUUGUAAUGUUUCUGUUGUGAACGCUGUGUCCCUUACACAAUAUAUGACAUAUACAUGUAAUAUAUGGCACAUAUCUAUUAUAUGGCAUAUAUUGAAGUUCUGAUGCAGUUUAGUUUGAGUUGUUAUUUUUCUUGUUUUGGUAUGUUCUUCCACUAGCAAUGAAUUUGAGGAAAUAUAUUGUAUGAUGUAAAGAAAUAUUCCUCUACAAGCAGUCUGACUUCAGUAAAUAAAUGAUUUUAAUUUUCAAUGAAA